AUGGCGAACGAAACGCCAGACCCACGAACCUUCCAGACGUGGGAAGACGCGUUCCAAUACCCCAUCCCCGUUGUCCGCAAGCUUGAACAGCAGCUCCGCAACAAUGCCGACGACAAUCGAGAGAAGCUACGGUCGCUAGUCGGGGCAAGCUAUCGCAGUCUCCUCGACACGGCCGGUACGAUCAUCGAUAUGGAAGUACGCAUGGAGCAGGUGGAAAGUAGGCUUUCAAGAGUAGGGCAGAGCUGCAAUUCGCGGGGCCUGGACAAGAUCACAAACAACGCGGGCAAGAUGGAUACGCAUACACGAAGUCGCGAUGCGGAGCGCUAUACAUUCGCGGCCCAGCUUGCAGUCAUGCGCAAUGCGCCUGUGGUCAUGACGCGCCUCAUGAAAAGAGAAGGAUCGUAUCUGCUCAUCGCGAAAGUCCUGGUCAUCUCAAGACUACUCCACAAGUCGCUCAGUCAAUCCGACAACAAGGCGCCCAUUGUCAAUCAGCUGUGGGAGAGACUGCUGUCGGUACGGCGGAAGCUCCUCAGGAGGAUUGACAAGCGCCUCUCGAACACGAACGGCGAAACAGCCAGCCUGCUCGAAAGCAUGUGUGCCUACGCGCUCGCGACGAGUUCCACCCCGACCGAUGUCCUACACCAUUUCCAUAAGAUGCGAUUGGACAAGAUGAACAGCGAGCUGAGGGCAGGAGGCGAUGAGCUUGCGAAGCAUGGCAUUAGUGCGCUCAAGCUGUGCAUUCAGACUUGUCUCGAUACACAGACCAUCUUUCCGCGGCGCUUAGCAGAGGCACUGGCAAAACUGAAGGCACAGCCAUUGAUCCAGGACCCCGACGUCCGUGGUCUCUACGAGCUGAACCUCGAAGUACAUGAUCGGUGGUUAGGCGAUGAGGCACGGAACUACACGCCAUGGCCAAGACACGACGAGUUGCAGCGGCCGGAAGCAGAGCGGAUAAUGCACCGAUGGUCAAAGGACGCUAUUGCCGCUUUCCUCAAGGGUGUGCAAAAAGCACUAGACGGUGAAGAACGACUCAAAGAGGUUGCAGACUUGAGGCAAGAGCUGAUCGAGACCUGGAUAUUGUCUGGCUCACGAAUGGCGGGUGUUAAGUCGGCCAACGUUUUAGACGAUCUACGAGACACGAUGAACGAUAAGCUUGAGGGCAUAAUGCGAUCGCGCACACAUGGGCUACAAACUGUCGUUACCGAGCUGACGACUCGACUGGACACGGUGGCUUCAACAGACAAGGUCGUGGCACCUUCGCUAUGGGAUACCACUACCAGGGCUUCUGAUCUGAGCAACGGGGCACAAAACUUCAAGUCUGCUAUACUCAACACCUACCAAGGGCGCGAUGAGUCUGUCAUCAGCGUAACUUCUGCCUUUGACAACUGGAUGGAGUCUAUCCUGGAAGUCAAGGGUAUCGUCAAGAGCAUGAAGGAAGCACGAUGGGACGACACCUUCGCAGACGAUGUAGACGAGGAAUCCGACGAUGAGCUUGGCGGUUCGAAGCAAGCACUUCUCAGCGAUGACGAUCCAAAACUGCUCGAGGAAGCUACCCAGGAAGCCUUGAGCGAAGCCAUGCAAAACUUAAGCCGGAGCUUCAAUACUAUCGUGAAGAAGUCUGAUGGUGAGCAAUCAACACAGAAGGCCACUUUCAUGCUGCGCGUAGUCAGGGAAAUCGGCGAUCGGAUACCGCGGUUACGCCUCCAAGAUAAAGCCACACCUCUUGCGUCACCCUUUACGCUAGAGAUUCUUCAACCUUUGCAUACUACACUCGCGUUACGCGUCACGAGACCAAGCGUGGAAGCAUACAAGACAUCGCUUCAAGGUUCACUUAAAGGGAAGACGAACAGCCACAUCCUGUGGGAAGGACACCCACCACUACCGAGCCAGCCGUCACCCAGCGCUUUCAGAUUCCUGCGGGGUCUAAACAAAGACAUGGGCGCGCUGGGCAGUGAUGUAUGGGCGCCCGGCAGCGUCGAGGUCCUGAAGAGUAGCGUCGCCAAGGAAGUAGUCAAAACGGUUCAGCAGCAUCUCGACGCCAUCAGCGCGCCUACAAAAGAGCAAAGCCCUUCUUUCCAGGAGAAAGACGAAGGCAAAGAGGAAGAUGGAGCCGAAGACUCCAAAACCACGGACGAUGGGGAGAAAGCAGACGUCACCGCAUCAUUACCAGACCAUAAGGAAGCAAAAGAACAGAGAGUCAAGCAACUGCUUUUCGAUCUUCUCUACAUCCAACGCUUUGUCGGUGACACAGGUGCAGACGAUGCCAAACUCACCGCGCUGGUACAGAAAACCGACAUGGUGGACUUGGACGAGGUUGCUAUCAACAGGCUGAGGAAGAACGCGGUGGAUUAUGCGAAGAAGACGUAUCUGCUCUUCGCACUGCUCGCGUAG